AAAGUGUUGUUGUUGUCAAAGGGUCACAUCUAUUCAACGAUCACAAACCCAAUUCAGGGCUGGAUCCUGACAACUGUCAUCCUAGCAAAGAUGACUUAUGGGUGGAUAUCACAUAAUGAUCCUCUCAUCUUUGAUCCGAAUAACAGCAUAUUCUCUUCAAACGGAUUAAGUUUGUUCUUAUGUCAAGUUUUGAUCAUUCUUGUGCUGUGUCUCAUCCUUGGAACAUUCUUCCAACGAAUCGGACAGCCAAGAGUUGUCGGUGAGCUACUCGCAGGUGUCGUUCUCGGUCCAACGGCAUUCGGCAAUAUUCCAAAUUUCACCAACACAAUCGUCCCUUCAGUCUCUCUGCCUUUGUUAUCGCUCACGUCAAAUAUAGGUUUGAUCCUUUUCAUCUUAUUGGUAGGACUGGAAACGGAUACAGAUACAAUCAUCAAAAAUGCAAGAAAGGUUGCAUUGAUUGCCAUACCUGGAAUGGCAAUCCCAUUUGCUAUCAGCGUUGGACUUGCAAAUUUUGUCUACAAACGUUCAACCGAUCAAUCACAAGAUUUUUCAACAUUUAUGCUCUUUGUUGCCACUGUUAUGGCAGUAACAAGUUUAUCAGUCUUAUCUAGAAUCGUUUCGGAAUUGCAAUUGGUCAAUACACUCUUGGGAAGUCUUGUGAUUGCAGCUGGUGCAUUGAAUGAUCUGUUGGGUUAUAUCCUGCUAGCACUUGGCAGUUCAUUGGCUACGAAGGGAAGACAAAUUAAUGCUCUGUAUGAACUGCUGGUAGCACUUGCUAUGUUCUUGGUUCAAUGGUUCAUCGUACGUCCAGUGAUGUUCUGGUGGAUUACCAAAAAGUCAAACUUUGACUUGCACGGAUCUUCGAAGCAACGUGUACCGGCAGGAUUGAUGGCAUUUACCAUCUUGGGCGCUUUUGUGUCAGCUUUCAUCACAGAAGCAUGCAAUCUGCACCCGAUCUUGGGCGCUCUUUUAUUCGGAAUCGCUUGUCCACACGGAAACUUUGCAGUGAUGGUGACAGAAGCAAUCGAAGUGGUUUCAGUGCAAAUCCUUUUGCCACUCUAUUUCGUUACAAGUGGACUGAAGGCAGAUUUCAAGUUACUUGAUUCUGGUUUGAUUUGGGGUGAAUUGAUUUUGAUCUUUGCAGUCGUCUUUAUGAGCAAAUUUGUCGCAACAACACUUUGCACUCGUUUGACAGGAUUCGACUGGAUGGAAUCAUGCUUUGUGGCAAGUUUGAUGCAGAGUAAAUCGAUUAUUGAAUUGAUCAUUUUGAACGCAGGACGAGAAGCUGGAGUAUUGAAUGCACAAGUGUACAGUAUGUUAUUUAUCACCUUCAUUCUUUCAACUUUGACGGUACGGCCUCUGUCUACAUUCAUUUGGAAGCGAAGAAAGGUGUCCAAGCAAUCAUAUGAUGAAGAUUCAACGGAAACCUCGACAAACAUCACUGAAAAGACUGAUGAAGAAGAACAAGGAGCUCAAAAGAGUACAAAUUAUAAUGUCGCAGGUCGUACCACAUUGUUCCCAAUUAUCACUGCAUUAACAUCAAUCAAUCCUGCUAUGGAACCAUUGACGGCACUUAUGCAAUUGGCCAAACAGAACAAUACUGAAAAAGGCAGUGCAGGAUUCGUGUUUGAUAUCGUUCGUUAUUUACAAAACGACAAUUCAGCUUCGAACAUUUUGAGAAAUUUGAAUUUGCAUGGUGAUGAAGUAUUGAGUGCGGCAAAGAUGAUUGCUCGUAUGCAAAACGUGCGUCUUUUUACCUCGAAUCGUUCAACUUAUUCGGAUUUGGUUACCACAAGUAGCGAUGAUGAUACGCUGGACGAUCUUCGUGGACGGGUACGAACGGUGAAUGGAACAGCAAUUCUCAAUGAAGAAACAAAUGAUUUAGGCGCAAGUAUGAUUGUAGCAUUAUGGGAUAGGAAAUCUAAUCUGUCUUUCUUACAAAGUGAUCGUGAAGGUGAAUCGGUUGGCAGAUACGAUGCAAUGACGAAUGCUGCAGACGAUUAUAUCUAUCAUACGGACACUAUGGCAACACAUCUGUUCAACACAAGUGUCAAAAAGACAAGCACAUGUGUCUUGGUGGACACGGAUGCAAUGUUGCGCGGCAGACGAAGAGUUUGGAUGACGGAUGAAUCGAAACCUAGUUCAGAAGAGGUGUUGGGCUUCGAUCGCAUAACACAAUCAAGAAAACCUCGUGUGAUCGUGCCUUUCUUCGGAGGUGCUGAUGAUCGAGCUGCGGUGCAAUUUGCCAAAGGCUUGGCCUCGAACGCAUCAAAAGAAAUUGAUGUAAUCGUCAUCAAAGCGGAUGAAGGUGGCAGCGAAAAGCUCGAAGAGGAGCUCAUGAAAAGCUUGCAAGAACAAGAGAGAACGAAUAAACGAAAGGAAAGGGUGCAAAGAUCAAUCAGUCAGGCAUCCGAACUGCAGGGCGACGUAGAAGAAAGUCACUUGAUGACUGUAAAUCUGAAAACAGUCAAUCAACCUGAAGAACGAUAUGCAGAUGUUAGAGCACUUUUUGGAACGCAAGGACUGCAAAGGGAUGUGAUUCAAGAAGAGGAUGCAAAGGAAGAUGACCGUUCACCUGCGAGUGGAAAAGUCAUGCUUUACAAUCAAAAUUAUGUCCAUUUUGUCAACUUGAAUUCUGAACAGAUCCAAGCAACACAGACAAAGACACCUUUGGAAGCAAUCAUGCACUUUGCUGCACCUCUCGUAAACGCACAAGCUGGAGAUAUGGUGAUCGUAGGACGUGGUAAAUGGAAUCAACGUAGAUCCAAUUUCCGUCAACAAUUGAACGCUCUUCAAGAUAUUCACUUUACCACUUCAACUCGCACAGAAGAAGAACUUUUGGACAACAACACAAUCAAAGAUGUCAAAAGAGCAGGUCGUGUUUUAGGUGCUUGUUGUGAAGGUGUUUUGAGUUAUGGCAUCAAUGCCAGUAUAAUGGUCAUUCAAAGCCCAAACGCACAAAGGGAUGACUAAAUCGAUAAAUCUAACGAACCGAACGAAACGAAACGACGAAUAGCAAUAACACAUAUUUUGUACUUUUAUAGCAUUAUCUAACGACCUCUUUUUCCACGAUACAAGGUGCUCUACCUUUUUUUAUGAUUUAGUGUACAAAUGGUAUCUAGAUUUUAUCCUCUUCUUUUUGCUUUGCCGUUGCUACGAUCUGAAAUGGCGGUACUUCGUGCUUGCGUU